GAAUAACUGAACACACUUGUAUCUAGGCAGUAUGUCCUCGAAUGCAAUCCUUUCAUUCUUACAGGCUUCCUCCCAUCUAUCUGCAAGAAGCCAUUCGCGCAGACCCCAGAACAUCACCGGCUCCAAAAUUCCAAGUGUUCUGCAGCCCCGAAUGGCGUCACCUGAUUGGCUCGGACCGUAUCAAUCAUGCCUUUAGCCGCACCCCUCCCCCCAUUCAACCACUCGCCUCUCUGUUCCUGUGUGUUUACUACACUGCCGAGCAUAAGGGAGACACUCGUCUUCACAUGCACUGAACCCACUCAGAAAAACAGUUUUUAGUUGUAUUUGUAAGAAAAUCUCCAAGAGAUCAACAUGCCCAAGAGAAAGGGGACUGACAUUGAAGUGAGGGAGGAGCCCCAGAGGAGAUCGGCUCGGUUACAAGCGAAACCGCCCCUUCCCAAACCAGAACCAAAGCCUAAGAAGGCAGCAAAGAAAGAAAAGGCAGUGAACGACAAGAAGAAGGAGGACAAGAAGAAGAGUCCUGCGGCAGAGGCCAAUGAGGAAAACCACUCUGAGAACGGAGAGGCCAAGACCAACGAGGUGGAGGCAGCUCCUGAGGAGGCCAAGGAGGAGGCCAAGUCCGAGUAGCACCACUGCCCAAGCUUCCUCCUCCACUACAGCCCCUAACCCCGACCCCCCAGCCAGCCAGCCAGCCAGCCCCCCCAAGUCUCUCACAUGGUUUCCCUCCAAGGCGUAUUGUUAACAGAGGAAUAUUUUUAUCAAUGAUUUUAUAAGUAUCCGUACAGAUUUUUAGCACAAAAAGCAAAGCUGAAUAUGGAGCGCCUUGCAGAUUUGCAGUGGUCAUAUCAAGUGUCUGCAAGCAAGAUGAACACACUAAAAUCUUUUUUAAAUGGCAUUUCAUGAUUGUUGAAGGCUUGUUUGGUGUAGAAAGUGCGUCCCUGCCGGAUUGGCUAUGUUGUGAGUUGUGUAUUCCUGUGUUUUUUCUCCUCCCUGAUCUUCCCUCUCUCCCACCAAUCCACAGAUUAGACUUUUCCUUCCCUUACAGUUCAACCUCUAUCCAUGUUUUAUUAACGGUUCAACCAUGUAUAUGGGUGAUUCUUUUAGACCUCUAAAUGUGCAGUGAGUUCCCUUGCUUCUGUCUCAUGGUCUUGUUUUUUCAUUGAAUCGUGUUUAAAAGCGUGUUGAAGCGUGUUGUCCAUAAGAAAGAGGAAGACGAACAUGUGAAACAUUCCGGGAACAGCGAUGCCUCUGACCUGUCUCCUAGACGACCCUGCGUGUAAAACAGCUCCUGCUCCAUCCACGCUGUCAUGUCAGCUUUUCUAAACACUACGGUUUUUUUAAAUGAUUGAAUUUGGAACCUUCUCUGACAAAUGCAGGUGUCUGGUCCCUCUCUUAUGUUCUGGAAUUCUCUUAAUAAAAAGAAGUCCUGGGAAUUUUCCUCAAA